AUUUUGUCCACACAUUGCUGAAGUCACUACGAGCGAUAGAUGGUGAACAGCAUUAACGGGUUUUAAGAAAAUAAUGAAGAGAGUAUUAAAUUAUCACGAACUUAUAUAGAGAGUUAAUUAUGUUUUAUAAAAGAUGAAUACAACGAAAAAGAGUGUUAACGAAGAAAAACAAAAUUCAUCGAUUCCUACAUAUCGUCUUAAUGAAGCUCCAAAAAAAUGCAAUUUAUCUUUUUCAAUUAAUUUUGACUUUGAUUAUACGAACAGUGAUAAUUCGUCUGAUUCCGAGACAGCUGAUUUACAAAUAGAUAUUUCAGAAAUCGAUAAUGAUGAUCCACCAACUAAACAUAAAAGAGAAUCAGUCAAAGAAACGUCGGUUCUUAACGAAAUGGAAGAAGAAAUUGAAAGACAACUUGAUGCUAAAGCAGCAAAAACUAAUCUAACUGCCACGAAUGUAAAAAAUAUAUUAAAACGUGUUAUUACAAACAAUGAACAAGUAAUGGCUGUGGUACAGAAACGUUUACAUGAUACAGAAGAAGAUAUCAUUUUUGAACCUAAACUCACAAGAGCGAAAGCAAAAGAAUUAGGUGCUGUAGAACAAGUUAAUGUAUUAUGGAACACUAGGCCAGUUAAGAAACCACCGUUACAAGUAUUAAUAGAUGAAGAAUUCCCAGAAGAUUCUUCUGACGAAGAAUAUAAGCCAGAGCAAGAUAAACAAAGUGAUGAUGAUAGAGAAAUAGAAAAUUCCGCCAGUGGUGAUAUAGAGUCACAACUACCUAUCCCAGUACAUGAGCUUGACUCAGCUGUACAAAAAAAACCUAAAUCACCUAAUAUUCAAUAUGAUCCAGAGGGGAUUUUUAAAAUUCCUUGCUUACCUUGUGUACCAACAGAAGAAGAAAGUAUUGGUCAUAGAACACGUUCUAAACUUUGCUUAAGUGAAACACCGUUAGAACAAAUUGAACAAGCAUUUGUACCCCCUGAUAUUACAACAGAUAUGUAUGAUUCUGAUUGCGAUGAAGAUUGGGGUAAUUUUUUGAAAGAAUUUACACAACCUUUAGAACAAGAACAUACUGCAGAAGAUGAUCCAGAAGCUGAUCCUGAAUAUAAUAUUUUAGAAGAUGAAGAAACAGAUUUAUUGGAUAAAGAAGAAUUAAGAGCCGAUAAAGAUGUCGAAAUUACUUUUAAGGAGUUAAUUGAUUUGUUUGAGUUUACAGAUACAUUUAUCAAACAAGAAGAACAAGAAGUGUCUAAGAAAAGGAAAUUAUCAGAUAAUAUAGAUACACCUGUUGAAAAGAACACAUUGAAUCAUUCUGAACUUUCAAUGUUAGUAAAUUUUGAGCAACGCCAUUUACUAGCUAUUCAAUUUCAACAACAUGUUCAACUAUUGGCACAACAUUUUGCUAUGACAUACAUGCACCCAGAUUUACAUAUCCUCUCAAAAAAAUGUAAAGAAUGUUUAAAUAACAUAAGAAAUUUAAAUAAUGGGCCAAAUUCUGCAUUCAAUAUAGAAAAUGUAUUUGAUGCAUUAAAGUUAGUCUCUGAUUGGGAAAAUAAAUUUUUGGAUCCAAAAUUUCAUGAAGAAUUUAAAAAACAUAUAGAAGAUGAAAAUACUAUAAAAACAAAACAUCUUAAAAAUAGAUGGGAAUAUAUACCUCAAUUUUCUCCUGAUCUAAUAAAAUUAUUUAUUGAAAGUAAAGCUUUGAUAUAUCCACAACUUCUACCAGAUAUACCAUUCAAAAGUGAAUUAACUAAAUAUACAAAGUUACCAUUUUUAAAAACUGAAGAAACUUUAAUUGCAAUAGGCCUUGAACAAUUCUUCCCAUUUGUGGCAUCUCGAAAAACGAAAUUUAAAAGUAAAAAGUUCCAAUUAUUUGAUGUGGCUCAAUUAAUUGCUAAACAUUUACUACCUGUUAGAGAAUCCAAAAAAAUAUUUUUCUAUAUUCGAAGACAACGUUCUGCCAAAGAUUCAAAUCCAAUUAAGCGUUAUUUUGACAAGGGUAUAGCUCCCAGAAUAGUACACUGUAUAACAUUAAAAUGUGAUCUUAAAGCACCGAUACAUCAGCCAAUACAUCUUUUACCUCCAAAAUGGCAGAAUUAUCUUACUAAUACUAAACCAAAAGUGGAUCUUUUAAAAUCUAAACGUAUUCUGAAUUCAUAUAAUGAUAUAUCUAAGAUUGAAAAUCUAAUAAAUAAUAAUUUCUAUCUAUAUCCUUAUGUUUCAAAACAUCAUCCACUACGAAAUCCAGUUGUAAAUGUUCUGCCUAAAAUAAUGCCAAAUUCGAAACUUUUAUUAAAUAAUAUAAUAGCAAGAAAUGUAUCACAUGCUCAAGGAAAAUCUGAUAUUCAUACAGCUAAAUCACAACAACCAUGUGAUAUUAGCAAUACUAAAAAAAUGAUAAAUAAAAGUACUGAAAAUACAGACAAAAGUGGAAUAAUAAAUAAGGAAGAUAAACAAAGUGAAUCGAUUAAUUCAUUAAAUGUAGAAAUAAAAAACACGAAACUAACAAAAAAGUCAAGUGAAGCAUUAUUGCAAUCUCCACAAAUACGAAAAACAACUCCACGUUUGGCAAAAACAAAGAGUGCACAAAAUAUGAAACUAAUGGCUCAAGGUUUAGGAUCAAAAAAUGUAUCUAAUUGCAGUAAUGCAAAGACUAGAGGAAAAGGAGAUCUGGAAAAAAAUUUGGAGUGUUCUACUGAUUCAUCAAAAGUUGACAAUGAGGAUGAAAUUGCAGAACUUAUGUUAGCAAGCACUACUAUUAAAAAAGAUAAUAGAAAGAAGGCUAAACAGGCUAGAGAAUUAGAAAAUAUAAAGAGAUUAUUGGAAGCUGAUAAUCUUUUGAAUGAAGGAGAAAGAGAAGAAAAAUUUGCAGCAUCAUAUCUUCAGAAAUUACACUUGACAUUGGAAUCUAAUAAUCCAGAUAUUUUAAAAAUUGUAAUUAAAUUAAUUUUAGAUUACAAUGACAAAAUUGAGAAUCUUAAUCAAUUGGAACAUGAAAUGUCUUUUUCUAAAAAAUAUGAAUCCUCUGACAUGCAAGAAGUGAUAGAAAAGAACAUGAUAACUAGAGAUAAAUUAGCUAUAGAUUUAUAUCAAAACAUUUAUGAUAAAUUACGAGAUUUUCCAGAAUUGUGUUCAGAUUUGUUGUUAUUUUUAAAACCACAUCAAGCUGCAUUAAUAGGCAAAUCUGUAGAAUAUAUAAUGUUACAAAAAAUGAGCGAAUUUUUAAACGUCAUACAAGUCUAUUUUACUAAGCAGCCAUCUCGGCUUGCAAAAAUAAUGCAGGCCAUUACACAACUUUCAUCUGAUCCUCAUGUAACAUUAGAGAAUGUUCAUAAUAUUAUGAUUCCACUCCUCAAGGCACAUCCCUUAGUUCUGGAUCUAUUUUUACAAAUAUUACCUAAUGGUAAACCUCCAGAAAGUUUAUUUGCAGUAGAUAUGUUUGAAAAUUUAACUUUCCCACUGGGUCCUCAUGAUAAAAAUAAAGUAUAUACAGAUGAUGCACCAGAAUUAUAUGAGAAUAUAGAAUUACCAAUGUCAAUUUCCCAAGAAGACCCUUAUGGUGGAGAUAAUUGUAAAUGUGAUUGUCAUAAUGCAGAUGACUCAAAUAACAGAAAUACUAAUGAACAUUGUAUAUCUUGUGGAACUAGGUUUCUUAAUGGAAGAAUAUAUCUUCAAACUUCUGAAGGCUUACGUCCUGCAAAAAUAACAUUCCCAGGAGCUGAUAAAGAGAAAUUAGAAAAUAUUGCAAGAGUGUCUUUAAAAGUUGCUGAUAAAUUUACACCACCUAUUGCAUCUAGACAACGUCGAAAAUCUUCGAAAGCCGAUAUUGGCGACGAUUCAUGUCAAAAACAAUGUCUUCCCAAAAAUUCACCUGUGAAAGAAAAUGAAGAUAACGAAAGAACUAUAUCAAGAUCUAAAAGAGGUACGAAAUCACCACCCAAAUCCGGAGAACCAAAAAAAUCAUUGAAAAAAGUAACAUUUACUGAUGAAAUAAUAUCUACUAAAAAGGCAUACUCUCCACAAUCUAUAAAUAAACGUGAAAAGAAGAUAGAACGAAAGACGCGGUUGGAACAAAAUUCUUAUGAUAAUUCAUGUUCAGAAAGUGACUAUACCUCCAAAUGUGUUACAAUUGAAAAUAUAUUUGAAAAAGAAAUAUCUUCAAAGGAUAAAAUGUUCAUGAACAAAAACAUGGAACAUGAUAUGAAAGAUAAUAUUAUGUCGCCUUGUCCAGAAAAAGAUAGAGAUAUAAUAAGUAGUAGCAGAAGUUUCGAAAAAAUGGAUGUUUCAAAUGAUUGUGAUUCUGAUACAAAUUCUGAAAUGGAAUUUAUUAAUGACAAACCUUGGACACGGCAAGAGGAUAUGAUCCUUCUUUUAGCCAUUAAGGAAGAGUAUUCGGAAAAUACAUUUUUGAAGGUUAGCCAACAAUUGGAAGAUCGUACCAUUGAACAGGUCAAGGAAAGAUGCAAAACAUUACUUUCUUUGUUAGAGCAAAUGUUAUAAUUAUUAGUCAAAGAGAUCUGUGAAUUGUAUCUUGUGUACAUAAGAUAUUUAACAUGAUUGGAGAAAGGUUAGAAAAGUACUUGUAUUACGAUUUUUAUAUUUAGAAAAUUAAUUUAAUUAAUAAAUAUAAAUAAUAAUAAAUUAUUUAAUUCGA